AUGGGAUUACAGAUGUAUGCAGAAUUGAAUUCAGAGGUCGAUAAGUAUGAAUUUAUCAAACGUAAUGUGCGGAAUGCAGUAGGUCGAUCUACCGAACGAGAAAAAGAAUCAGAACUAUUAAGUCAAUUAUUAAUUGAAAUCAAUGAACAACUGAAACCACUUAAAUGUUAUUCUUAUCAUAUUGUACAAGAUGCAAUAACAAGAACAAAUAAGAAAUUAACUGAAUUGAAACUUCGCUCUGAUAAAAUUGAAGGAAAAGCACAUAAUAUCAUUUAUAAGUUUUUAAUCGAACGAUUCACUGAAAUACAAAACAAAUGGAAUGAAUCAAAUAAUAUUGUUGGUAUUGCUGGUGCUCCAUUAUUAACAAGCGAAAUAAUAAAUAUAUUAAAAGAACAUUUAAUGAAGACUUAUACGAAGGCCGUUAUAAAACAUGUUGUAUUAAUAUUACAAAAUGAGCGAUUUAUUAAAUGUGGAAAAAUUAUUCAAGCUUAUGCUGAUUUGCAUUUAAUCGAAUUGAUUAAAAAUGAUCAAAUUGAUGAAUUAAUCAAAAAUUUAGAAGCAUCUGCUGAACAUUAUACUUUUAUUUUAAAUCGAUUGAUUCAAGAAAAAUUAGUUAGUUCGUUGAAAUCACAGUGGCUAUUAUUUCUUAAAUUGUUAAAAACUAAGAUUUCAUCAGCAGCUGAACAAGUACAAACAGUUGAAACUCACCGAAUACAACUAUUCAUUAACAAAUUACGUGAAUUACUACCAAUGUAUUUAGUUGAACAAAUGAUUUCAUUAGAUGCAACCGUUUUUAAUGCUUGUGAUGAUGAAAAUAAAAAUGUUUUUAAUGAAAUUCAGUCUAAUAUUAUACAAUGUAUUGAUGGUUUCGAGUGUCCAACUUUUACCGAAGAACGAAUUAAAGAUAUUAUUGAAUCUAUUCGUUCAGUUAUGGUUGAUCGGCAGCAUAAUAAUAGUGCUAAAAUGCGAUGUGGUAUACUAUGUCCAACUUGUAAGGUACCUUGUCACUUGGACGCUGGACAUAUUAUUUCGAGUGUGAAACUGAAAGAUGAAAAAAGACCCGCAACAACUAAAGCGGUUGAUCUCGCCUUAAAGGCAUUACAGAUGCAUAGGAGAGAUCACCAUGAUGCAUGCCAUCAACCAGGAGGUGUGGCUGGUAGGUAUUGGAAAGAACACCCUACCCAAAUUGAUGAAAUAGUUGCACCAUCAUGUUCGAUGUCAGUGCGUGAUGGACACCGUUUUUGGUAUAAUAAUCAAUUGAAUGAAUAUAAAAAAUUUAAUAAAGUAUUUCCUGAAUGGUCUUUACCAUUAUGUGACGACAAUCAUCGUUAA